GGGCACGCCGCAGUACAUGGCGCCAGAGGCACUGACGGGCGACAAGUACAGCUUUUGAGGCAGAUGUGUGCAGCUUUGGCGUGCUGAUGUGGGAGGUGGGGACGCAGCGACCACCUGAUCUGAUUGAGCAGGAGAGGGAGAAGGGGAGCGAGUAUCGGGGACCGAUCCUCGCCACCAUCAGCAACCUGAUGAAGGAUGGGAAGCGGUUGCGAUUUGAUGAUGGUGAAGAAGAUGCCAUCCCCGAGUGGUUCCAGUCGCUGACGUACAACCGCAUGGCGCAGAACUCGCGUGAGUGA